AUGACAUCCUCAUAUCCUUACACACCGACAACACUCCGGACGAGCGUGAAACCGCGCCCAUGGGUGUCAUUCAAGCCUCAUGAAGGGCACGUCAAGAUCCCGCCCCUACCCUUCAAACCCAGGUCCGAUGACUUGCUCGGUACAUACAGCAUCAGCACGCAUAUCAUACCUGCAGCCAAUCCCAGAGUCACCCCAAGUAUUCCAGUCCCCGAGCCACUUCCUCGCUCUUCAAAAAGAACCGAGAGGGAUAUCAAGAAUUUAGGACUUGAACUCAUGGAACAACAAGUUCGGCAAGGGGAGGACGGCUACUCCGGGGUCACAGACGAAAGGUUGCUAUGGAAUUGUGUUAACCGAUAUGUGAAAAAGGAUCGGGAAGUCAAAGUCAGAACGAAGGGGAUCACCUUGUUCCUUGUACACGCAACGGGUUUUCCAAAGGAGAUAUGGGAGACUCAUUUAUACUAUCUAUUAGCUGCCUGUGGCAUCAUAGAUGAGAUAUGGUCAUGGGAGUCCGUGCAACACGGGAACUCUGCUCUGCUAAACAAACAAAAUCUUAGUGGUAGCUUUGAUUGGACUGACAAUGCGAGAGACAUUGCAAACUUUCUCAUCAACUAUAUGCCGGAAGAGGUAGAAACAUCGUCUCUCCCUAUCCAACUUCAUCGAAUUCCUGCAUCCAUUGGUGAAUCACGUCAAAAGAGUGGCUUCUCCUCCCGGACCUUGGUCGUGGCAGGACACUCGUUUGGAGGUUGCUCGGUGACGUUAGCCGCGUUGCAUUUCCCUGCCUUGUUCUCCUCUAUGAUCCUCCUCGAUGCGAUGAUUGAUACUUACCAAGAAUUUACGUGGGAACACACACAAUACUUGGUUGGGGCUACUUUGAUGAGGCGCGAUCAAUGGCCAUCACGGGAGGACGCCCUACGUGCUUUUAAAGCUUCACCUAUGUUCUCUGCUUGGCAUCCUGACGUCCUUCGGCUCUAUGUCAAUUUCGGACUGUACGAGGAUGAAAGCGGAUGCGUCAGAUUGAAAACGCCUCCCAUUCACGAGGCUCUUGUCCUUGCGAAUCCGCGAGCUAGCCGUGAAACCUGGGAAUUGAUGGAAAAACUUGACGAAAAGAUUGAGCUACUGUGGAUUCUUCCCGGAAAACCAAGCGAGGAUGUAUCAAUGUUAGCGGAAUUGAGGAAGCAGCGUGCUUGGCGCAGACCUGCAAAUUCAUCCAACAUCGUCUUCAAGUCAUCUGGCCAUCUCGUCGAUUCCUCAGGAGUACUCCAGAAGAGCUUGCGCGAGUUGUGA